CACAAGACACAAGUAGGAAAACUACGGCCAAUGAUCUAAGCCAUGUUGUGAUUGAAAAUGAAUACAUAAUUAACAAUUCCAAUUAUUAGGUCCCAACUUUUGCGACAUAUUCUUAGUAUAUUUUAUAAUUUGUCGAAAUCAUCCAAAAUGAUAGGUGGUCUUAGUAAAUUGAGCCGGAGUUUUCUUCAAAAAAAUAGUACUACAAGAGCUACAAUUAACAUCGUGAGAUCGAACACGAGCUUUAAUCGUGGACAGUCAAUUAAAUUACAAAAAUUAAGAGAUAAGGAGCCUGGUGAAAUAUUUAAAUGGAUACUUUUGGUAAUACCAGCUGGAUCCUUUAGUUUAGGGUGUUGGCAAGUAUAUCGUCUGCAAUGGAAACUAGAACUUAUAGAUGCCAUGCAGUCAAAAACUAAUGCAGUGCCAGUGGACAUGCCCCUCGAUUUUGAAGAACUUAAAAAAAUGGAGUACAGACCUGUUAAAGUCAGAGGAGAAUUUCUUCAUGAUAAAGAAAUUUUAAUAGGUCCACGGGCAUUAAUUGAAAGCGAUGGUCAUAUGCCUAGAACUGGAUCUCUUGUUUCCGACCCUAAAAAAAAUCAAGGGUGGCUUGUUAUCACACCAUUCAAGUUGGCUGACACUGGAGAGGUUAUAUUAAUAAACAGAGGUUGGAUACCACAACACAUGCGCCCCAAAGAAAAGAGGCAGCCAUCAAUGAUAACUGGUGAAGUUGAACUCACUGGUACAGUAAGGCUGACUGAAACUCGAGGACCAUUCAUGCCAAAAAAUAAUCCAGUAAAGGGUUCAUGGUUUUAUCGGGAUUUACACCAGAUGAGUGCAUACUUGGAUUGUGCACCAGUGUGGUUGGAUGCUAAGGGGAACCCAGAACCACCAGAAGGCUGGCCCUUACCAAACCAGACUAGAGUCAACCUAAGAAAUGAGCACAUGUCAUAUUUAAUAACAUGGUAUAUGUUAUCUGCAUUUACUGCUGUGAUGUGGCAUCGUUACUUUAUAAGGAAACUCCCUCUUUUGUAAUCAAGAAAUCAUUGCUUGAAGAAAGUUUAUAAAGUAUUGUUUUAGUAAUUUAUAGAAAUAUAGGCACAAUUAUUUAA